AAUGAGAGUGGUGGUCCAUCUUCAAAGUCCACCGAAAUCAAAUGGAAAUCUGGAAAGGAUUUGACUAAACAUUCAAGUCAAACACAGAAUAAAGCCAGCAGGAAGAGGCAGCAUGAGGAACCAGAGAGCUUCUUUACUUGGUUUACUGACCAUUCUGAUGCAGGUGCUGAUGAGUUAGGAGAGGUCAUCAAAGAUGAUAUUUGGCCAAACCCAUUACAGUACUACUUGGUUCCUGAUAUGGAUGAUGAAGAAGGAGAAGGAGAAGAUGAUGAUGAUGAUGAAGAGGAGGAAGGAUUAGAAGAUAUUGAUGAGGAAGGGGAUGAGGAUGAAGGUGAAGAAGAUGAAGAUGAUGAUGAAGGGGAGGAAGGAGAGGAAGAUGAAGGAGAAGAUGACUAAUAGAACACUGAUGGAUUCCAACCUUCCUUUUUUUAAAUUUUCUCCAGUCCCUGGGAGCAAGUUGCAGUGUUUUUUUUUUUUUUCCUCUUGUGCUCAGUCGCCCAGUUCUUGAGGUCUCUUUUCUGUACUCCAUGGUUCUCAACUUAUUUGGGGGGAAAUACCUUGAGCAGAAUACAAUGGGAAAAGAGUCUCUACCUCUUUCUGUUCGAAGUUCAUUUUUAUCCCUUCCUGUCUGAACAAAAACUGUGUGGAAUCAACACCACCGAGCUCUGUGGGAAGAAAGAAAACCCUGCUCCCUUCGCUCUGCUGGAAGCUGGAGGGUGCUAGGCCCCUGUGUAGCAGUGCAUAGAAUUCUAGCUUGUUUCCUCCUUUCUCUGUAUGUUGGGCUCAGAGAGUACACUGUGUCUCUAUGUGAAUGUGGACAGUUAGCAUUUACCAACAUGUAUGUGUCUACUUUCUCUUGUUUAAAA